UUUAUGUUAAGGGUGAAAAGAGAUGAGCAAGCUAAAGAAAUAAUAAAUGUUCUUCUUGCGGAGGAUGCUCCCAUCUAAAGUCUAAAUUACAAUUUAUUUAUUAGGAAUAGCUUUAAUUGAUUUAUUGCAAUUAUGUAAUUAUUAAGUAGUGGCUUGUGAAACAGGUAUUUAAGCAAGAGAUGAACUACUCAAAAUAGAAAAUGAAUUUGAUUUAAUUUUAUUAGAUUUAGGUCUGCCUGAGAUGACUGGUUUAGAACUGUUGUAAAUAAUAAAAGCGUAAGUCUUUAUUUGAACUUCAAGUAUUGAUAAAUUGAAAGAUGUACCAGUGAUAAUGAUGAGUGGUGAUGAUGAGACAGAAACAGUUGCUGCCUGCUUAAAUUCUGGAGCAUCAGAUUAUAUGGUAAAACCUGUCAAUUUUAAAAAACUUUAAGGGCUUUAAACAUUCGUAAAAAAAAAGCCUAAGCCAAGAAAUGUACAAAAACAUAUAUUUAUUUUAUAGAACAAUUAAAAUGAAAAAGGAUAUUAUACAAUUGUUAGAAAUAUAGGUAAGGGUGCUUCUGGCUCUGUAGAAUUAGUUAGAAAAAGUACUGAUUAAGAAUUAUAUGCAAUGAAAGUAAUUUUUAAAUGAACUUAGGUUAUCCCAACAUUUUUUAUGAAUGAACAAGAGAGGAAAAAUGCCGAAAAUGAAGUGAGUCUACUCAGAGUUCUUACAGCACCAACAAUUAUUAAAUAUUAUGAAAGUUUUACUGAAAAUGAAUCAUUAAACAUAAUAAUGGAAUAUGCAGAAGGAGGAUCUUUAACUGAAAAAAUAUCUGAAUAUUCAAGAUAAGGAACUUAAGUACCAAAGGAUCAAAUAUUAGCAUGGAUGGCUUAAUUAGUUAUUGCAAUACAUUUUAUGCAUUCUAAAAACAUUCUUCAUAGAGAUAUUAAAACACAAAAUAUGUUUUUAAAUAAAGGUUUUAAUUUUAUUAUAAUUUUAAUAGAAUAGGUUAUUAAAUUAGGAGAUUUUGGAAUCUCUAAAGCAUUAGGAACUCAUGCCAAUUUUGCAUAAACUUUUUUAGGAACUCCUUACUUUAUGUCACCUGAAGUCAUUAGAGGAUAACCUUAUGGAAAAAAAUCUGAUAUAUGGGCAUUAGGAUGUGCAUUAUAUGAAUUAGUUAUGUUAAAAAGACCAUUUUAACAUGAUAAUAUUCAAAUUAUUUUUGAAAUGAUACAAAAUAAACCUUAUGAUAUAGAUUCAUCUAUUGAUUCAGAUCUUUAAUUACUAAUUGAAAAAACACUAUAAAAAGAUCCUAAUAACAGACCAACUGUUGAAGAUUUAGCAGCUAUUCCUUGCAUUGAAGAAAAAAUUAAUUAAUUUUAUAAAGAUCAUCCAAAUGAAAGUAUUAUUUAUGAUUAUCCAUAGCUAAUUUAAUAUCUGUUAAACGAUUAUAAUUAGGACCAUAAUUAUAACCUGAAACAACUGAAUAAGUAUAAGAUGAAAACUAUUUGGCUAUUUUUGCUGAUAUGAUACAAAAUAUAUAAUUAAGAAAAGUAAUACAUGGUUUUGUUAAUUAAAUGUAAGCUUUUUUUUUAAGUUUAGUGAAUAUAUAGGUGUCUUAGGUCAAGAUAUCUUAAAUUAUCUUUAAAAAGCCUGUAAAAAUUAAUUAGAAAUUCAAUAAGUUAGUUAACAAUUAUUAGAAUCUUAAUUAAUAAUUCCUUUGGAAUCAUAAAAAGAAUUAAUUCCUAAUCAGUAUUAUUCUUUUCCAAUUUUUCUACAAUUUAUUGCUGCUAAUAAUUACUAGAAAUAUACUGGAAAUUCUAUUGAUCUUAUGGAAAUUUUAGAAAAAUUAAUAAAAAAAUUCAAAGAAUUUCAAAAGAAAAUAAUAGAUAAAAAUACCAUAUUGGAAGAUAUAUUAGAAUAAGGAUUUAAGGAGUAUUUUUAGUUAACUUAAGAAACAAAUGAAUUAUAAAAGUCUACUAUGAUUGAUUAUUCUUAAGAAAGAAAAUUUGCUGCUUAUGUCAAUUUAUUUUAAUUGAUGAGAUUUCAUUAGUAAAUUUUUAAUUAAGCCUUAGAUCUCUAUCCUCUUAUUAUGUGAAUAAACUAUAAUCAAAAGGAGUAAUAGAAGAGCCUAAAUCAAUUUUAAAAACAAUUUUAGGUUCUAUUUUACCACCUCAUCCUAUCAAAGUAGAUUUUGCUUAUUCUAUAAAUAAACUAAUUACAACUUUACCUUAAAUUAAACAUGGAAUUUUGAGAAGAAAUAAACCUGCUCCAAACUUUCACUAACUCCCUAACAAUGACCCAAGAAUUCUUACUAUAGAUACAAGAGGAAUAAUAUUUAUUUUUACAGAAGAAUACUAAGAUGUUUCUGUUAGUUUUACAAACGAAUUACAAUACUUAGAUGAAAAAACUGUUUAAUAAUACGUUUAAAAUCAUAUAAAAUAAUUUAUCUUGAAGAACGUCUGUCUUGAUAUAAUUGAAUAAGAAAUUAUUAUACAUCCUCUAUGUCAAAGUAUAAAGCAUAAAAUACUUAUUAGCAUAUCUAAGCGAUUUCGGUUCUGAAAAAUAGUUGUUCUAAUGGUUGCUAGAGAGAAUUGAUGAUGGGUACAAUAAGGAUAAACUAUUAAAUUAAUACGAUUAACAAGAUUUCUAUAUAAGAUUCAAGAACCCGAAUGAUUAGACAAAGUAACUCAAAAAUUGAAUCGUUUAAAAAUAAAAAUAAAAAUUUACACUACUCAUUUUAGUUUACUUACAUUCCAAUCAG